AUGUCUAAAGUAUUUAACAAAGAUGGGGUAAAAGCAGGGUGUAUUUAUAGGAUAGCUCUUGAAAACUUUGUAACUUACAAACAAGUCGAGUUCUAUCCCAGUCAAUCAUUAAAUCUGAUUAUAGGACCGAAUGGAACUGGAAAAUCAACUUUUGUUUGCGCUAUCAUAUUGGGCCUAUGUGGGAAAACUAGUGUUAUUGGACGGGCUAAAAAGAUAUCGGAAUAUGUUAGAAGUGGUUGUGAAGAAUCAACUAUAGAGAUAGAACUAUACCAGCAACCUGGGAAACGGAACGUCAUUAUCACAAGGACCUUCAAUCUCAAGGAUGUUUCCAAUUGGGCAAUUGAUCAUAAAACUGUUAGAGAGAAACAGGUGCAGGAGCUAAUAGCCUCUUUAAAUAUACAGGUGGACAAUCUGUGUCAGCUUCUUCCCCAAGACCGGGUGCAGGACUUUUCCAAAAUGGAUCCACAACAGCUGCUUCGUAGCACUUUAGCUGCAGUUGGUGGGCAGCAGAGUGUCUCACAACUGGACGAAUUGAUUGAAAGCCGAAAUAAGCAGAGGGGUUUGUCGACUAAGUUGCAGAAUAACGCCCAGCUAUUACAGGAGCAAAUAAGACUUAAUGAAAGAUUAAAAAUUGUGAUUGACGGAAUGAAUCAACGAAAAGCAAUUGAAAAAGAAAUUGAAAUUUGUGAGAAAAAGAAACUUUGGAUUGAAUAUCAGGACCUACGAGAAAAAGUUGUAGAGUAUACAAAUGAUAAGAAGGAAGCUGUUAAAUUGGUGAACUCCCAUAGAAGUAAAAUGGAGCCACUGGAGAAAAUAAUUGAAAAGGCUAAAAUUGGUAUAAGCAAGCUGGAACAGGAAAAAUUGUCAGCAAAUAGAGAAAUCCAUACCCUAAAAGACAACAUAAAGGAAUCAAUCAACACUGCUCGUCAGCAAGAAUAUCUGCUAAAGGAUAUAGAAGCGUCGCUGCAAGAAAAGUUAGAACGGCACAGAAACAGGGAAAGAGAAUUGAUUGAAGCUAAAGCGAAGUUGGAAAAAUUAAUCACCGACAAGACUCGCUUAGUUGAGACUGUUGGAGAUGAAACUCAAAUUAAAAUGGAAUUAGCCGAGUUGCACAAGCCAAUAGCGAAGACCAACGCGGCUAUAGACAUGCUGAAGAAACAAAAAUUGGACGUACAGUAUGAUCUAGAAAAUAACGUAACGCCGCAGAUACGAUUGUAUCAGAACAAAAUCCGUAACUUAGAAGACGUGGACGUGAAACGUUUGGAAGUGCUGCGCACAUACAGCGAGGAUUGCUACAAGGCGGUCAUGUGGUUAAGGGAGAACAAGGAAAUGUUUCAGCACCCCGUUUACGAGCCUAUGGUGCUCGAAAUUAAUUUCACAGACCCGAAAUUCGCCCGGUAUUUAGAAGCGGCGGUGCCGGCGAGGGAUUUGGUCGCGUUUACAUUCGAGUCCACACGGGACAUGAACCUGUUCCUGCAGAAGGUGAGGAUCGAAGGUGGACUGAAGAGGGUCAACGCUAUAUGCAGUUCGACAAGGUUUAACGCACAGAUGAGUGAUGUUAGCCAAUUGCGUUACCUCGGCUUCUACACCUAUCUUGUUGACACGAUAACUGGUCCAGACCCGAUACUAAGUUACCUGUGCAAGCAGUACUCCAUACACAAAAUUCCGAUUGGCAACGACCAUACAUAUAAAAACAGCGGAAAGGUUCCAGCCAAUAUCACUUACUUCUUUACAGAAAACCACAGAUUCACAGUCCGCGUGUCGGCAUACAGCGGAGCUAAGUCCAGCUCCACGAUAGAGAUACGACCGGCCCGCCUGCUCGCCAACACCGUAGACAUGGAUCAAAUUAACAAUUUUAACAAUCAGCUAUCGAAAUUACAAAAAACCGCUCAGUCUCAUAAAACGAAAAUGCAAGAACUCGACAACAAAGUGUCCGCGCUGGAAGUCAAUUUGAACGAGUUAAAUCAUAGAAGAAAAAAGAUCAACGAUGGCGUUGAAAAGGUCCGAACAAUCUCUGCUCAAAUUCGCUUACAAACAAAAAAAGUUCAAGAUGUAGAGAACGAACCCACUUUGAACAUAGAGCAGGAAAGAAAAAGGUGCAAGAAAAAGCAAAGGGACUGUGUGGUCAAGUUAUGCAAGCUCCACCUCGAGUUAAAGGGCACUAUGCGGAGUCUACAGGAUAAAGUUGUUAAUAUGGAGCUUUGGAAGGUUAAAUUGGAUUUUAGCAGAAACGCAAUAGUACAGCAAGAGGCAGAAUUAAGAGAACUGAAAAACGACUUGAGAAAUGUCCAAGCAACCCUAGAAAACAUAGAAAACAUGUUGACUCGAACAAUAAAAAGUGCUAAAGAGAAAUUGACUGAAGCAAAGAGAUCGUGUAACAACAAACUACCACAAGACCCUGAUUUCCCGUACAAAGAGAACUUCGAAACAUUACCCUCUGAUAUCAGUUCCUUGCAGAACCACUGUUACGAAUUACAAACCAGGAUUGAUUGUAUGGAAAAAGGGGAUGAACAGGUUUUGAAAGAGUAUGAGGAGAGGGAGCUAAUGAUAGCAAAACUGAAAUCCGAUGUCAGCACUUCCAGUGAUAGGAAUAAGGACUUACAGACAAGAAUGAAUGAACUGAGAUCAAUUUGGCUGCCGCCACUGGAAUCAUUGUUACGGGACAUUGACAAAAGUUUCGGCGAAAUGUUUGCGAAAUUGGGAUGCGCUGGCGAGAUCAAACUCGAUAAAGAUGGCAGUGAUGACGAUUACGACAAGUACGGCAUCAGCAUCCUGGUGCGGUUCCGUGCAUCGGAGCAGCUGCAGCAGCUCACCAGACACGCGCAGUCCGGUGGGGAGCGGGCUUUGUCUACCGCGCUCUACCUCAUGGCGCUGCAGAGGCUCACCACUGUACCGUUCAGGUGCGUGGACGAAAUAAACCAAGGCAUGGACCCCAUCAACGAGCGUAAGAUGUUCCAGCUGCUCGUGAAAGUGACGACGGAGUGCGACAACGCGCAGUACUUCCUGUUGACACCCAAA